AUGGCUUACAACACAAAAAAGGGAUUGUAUCGCAAACCUUUGCAGGUGCCCCUUACUAUUGACAAAUCGAACAUAUUGUUACUUGGUCCAUCUGGAUGUGGGAAGACUUACCUUACGCAGUGUCUUGCUCGGUUAUUGGAUGUCCCAAUAGCAAUGUGCGAUUGCACUACUUUGACGCAAGCUGGAUAUGUAGGAGAGGAUGUUGACACAGUCAUCCAAAGGCUCUUGGUGAAUGCACACGGGAAUGUGGAAAAGGCUCAACAUGGCAUAGUCUUCCUUGAUGAAUUUGACAAGAUACACUCAUCAUCUGAUCCUGUACACUCUCCUGGAAAUCGUGACGUUAGCGGAAGAGAUGAGGUAAGUUCGUUGCAUGACGUGCAAAGAGCGCUUGAGGGUGUGUCCGGCAAGAGGGAUGCAAAUGUGUAUAACUUCAGAAGACGACUUUUCUCUGAUCCCCCAAAAUUUUAA